CUCCUGGAAUGACGGCGGUGGCGCUGAGGCUCAUCCAUGGCCGGCCCGGUUGGCCCCGGUUGGCGCCUGGCCGUGGCCUGCGCAUGGCUGGGCAUCUCGAGGGCCGAGCGGGCCUGUUUGGAGGAGCCGUGCCGGGCCCAGGUGCGAAACCGGAUGAGCGACCCGGACAUGGAGGGCCACUGGGUCAUCACCGUGGCCGUGCUCAGCAGCGUCUGCGCCACGUGGAUCUUCAUCUUCUAUGCGCUGCAAUGCCUUUGCACCAAGAUGGGACUCCGCGGCCAAGGGACGGCAGAACCGCAUGGCAAACUCAAUGAGAGCAGCCCCGGUCCAGACCCGCACAAGGACGGAGUGGCCGCUUGCCCACAGGCCGCCAACCCGGCGUCGCCCACCAGCAGCCCAAAGCCCAGGUGCGGAUCCCGCCCGCCGGUGCUCACCCGAGCCCGCCGCUCCUACGCCCGGCAGCUGGCCUGCAUGGAGCACGAGCUGGAGGCCUUCCUGCGCGACAUUCGCACUCGGCGCUGUGCCCUCGGGGAAGUCAUCCUGGCCGAGACGUGCCCUUCCAACCAGGCCUGGCAACCCGGGCGGCUGCAGGUCACCGUCUACGAAGCCGCCGACUACGAAUCGGCCAUCCAGCAAUAACCGGAGAGAUCCUGAAAAUCAUGUUCCCAAAUCAUGUUCCCGAGCUGUGUCCCGAGUUCGAAUCCCGACACUCCCUGGGAUCAAGAAGAUACGUCCCGACAUAACCACGCUUUGUUGCUUUCCUGUGAAUUAUAGUCAAUCAGUGGAGACUCA